AUGAAUAUUCUAAUAUCAAAGUUUAUGUGGCAAAAUGGAACGCGAAUCAACCAAUAUUUGUUCGCCAUAUUAAUAACCAUUCCAUUGCUGAGUUUCGGCAUGGUGCAAGGAUGGCUGUCACCGAUGAUCUCAGUGCUUCAAUCACCAAAGGGCCCAGCGCCAGUCCCCUUCACCACGAACGACAUCUCGUGGACGACUUCUGUAACCUAUAUAUCGGCGAUCAUAGUUGGCGCUCCCAUGGGCCAUUUGACAGAUCGAUUCGGGAGAAAGGCGAUGACGUUGAUCACUACUUUAUCUUUAAUUAUUUAUUGGCAAAUAAAGCUAAUGUGCUUGGAGCCUUGGGCGCUGAUCUUGGCACGUGCGAUAGCUGGCAUACCGUGUUCAGCCUGCUACAUCGUGCUGCCGAUAUACUUGAAGGAGAUCAGUGAUAUUGAUUUGAGAGGAGCUUUAGGGUCCCUCCUCAUUUUGAACAGAAACAUCGGCUAUUUAGCGAGCUAUGUGUUCGCUGAUAUUCUUGAGGUGACUACUAUGUUAUGGAUGGGCUUACUAGUGCCUGCCGUCGUAUUCUUUAUCUUCAUUAUUAUGCCGGAAACCCCAGAAUAUCUUGUAAAACAAGGAAAGGUUGAUGAAGCGAAAUCAGUCCUCGCUUGGCUUCGUGGUGUCUCCAUAAUAGACCAAUCCGUUGAACACGACAUUGAUAACAUAGUUAAGAUUGAGAAGCAAACGAAGGCUGAUCCGAAAUCUGUUUGGAAGAUCAUAUGGAACGACAGACCUACCUUCAAAGCAUUCAUUAUCACGUUAGUUAUAAAAAUCACUCAGCAAUUUGAUGGCUAUCUCAUACUUUUGAUAUACGCUGGAUUUGUGACGGAACGAGCAGCGGAGUCUAUCAGUUUGAAGCUCAGUCCAAACAAACAAGUUAUGAUGAUUGGGUUGGUACAACUGAUUGGAUCAAUUAUAGCCACAUGUAUCGUGGAACGGACAGGAAGAAAACUCCUCUUAGUAACGACAUCAUUCGCAGUCGGCGUGGGUAUGCUCAUCCUAUCAGGCUGGUUCUACCUGACAGGAACUGGUACUUGGUUACCCGGCUGGGUCCCUGUGGUUGCCAUGUGCGUUUGUAUCUUUGCUGACGCUGCGGGCUUCCAACCCAUAUCCUAUAUUAUUAUUACUGAUCUCUUUACUUUCCAACUCCGCGGAACUGUGUCAGCAUUCGCCAAUAUUUGCGCGAAACUAAGCAACUUUAUACAAACGAAAUGGUUCACGAAGGUCUGUGAACUGAUCAGCAUCCACUGGACAUUCCUAUUCUUCUCCAUCGUGUCGUUCAUAGCUUGUAUUUACACCGUACUUUCAUUCCCGGAAACAAGGCACAAGAGCGUAGAAGAAAUUUACGAGAAGUUAGAUAAGAAGAAACAGAAAGAAGAGAAGAUAAGUGACCUGCCGUAA